CGCGUCAGACUGUCACGUGACCCUGCGCUCGGGACUCUUAUUUUGACACGCACCGCUCCUGUCACCUUCGCGUCCUCAUGGCCGGAGACUGCAGCGGCUCUUCAUCCUCCUGCUCCUCCUCUUCCUCCUCAGGUGACGAUUAAAGCGGCGAGGUCACCAGCACUUCCUCCGUUUCCCACAAUCCUUUGCUGCUGAUCAGUUGAAUGAAAGCGAGCGCUGAGAAGAAGAGUCUUCAUCUCCUUUAGGGUCACUGAUCAUCUCUUGGGUUUGUCUACUCUGAGCACUCGUGGAGCUCAUGAAGACCGAGCGGGACGGAGACGGUGCUCUGGAGGAGAGCGGCUCUCAGGAGCCUGACCUCUACAGCCCGGUGUCUCCGGCCCCGCAGCAGGAGCCCGUCUCCACAUACUUCGAGGAGAAGGUCCCCAUCCCUGAGGAUGACGUCACUAAGCUCUUUAGCUUUCGGAAACUCUGGGCCUUCACUGGGCCGGGCUUCCUGAUGAGCAUCGCCUACCUGGACCCCGGGAACAUCGAGUCUGACCUUCAGUCUGGGGCGAGAGCGGGAUUCAAGCUGCUCUGGGUUCUGCUGGGUUCCACUAUCAUCGGUCUGCUGCUGCAGCGUCUGGCCGCUCGUCUCGGGGUGGUGACUGGGAUGCAUCUGGCCGAGGUCUGCAACCGUCACUACUCUACGGUGCCGCGGAUCAUCCUGUGGCUGAUGGUGGAGCUGGCCAUCAUCGGCUCUGACAUGCAGGAGGUCAUCGGCUGCGCCAUCGCCCUCAAUCUGCUGUCGGUCGGCAGGAUUCCUCUGUGGGCUGGAGUGUUGAUCACCAUCGUCGACACCUUCGUCUUCCUGUUUCUGGACAAGUACGGUCUGAGGAAGCUGGAGGCGUUCUUCGGGUUCCUCAUCACCAUCAUGGCUCUCAGCUUUGGUUUCGAGUACGUGCGAGUGGCUCCAGACCAGGGCGAGGUGCUGAAGGGCAUGUUCUUGCCGUACUGCAGCGGCUGUGGACCCACGCAGCUGGAGCAGGCCGUGGGGAUCGUGGGAGCCGUCAUAAUGCCCCACAACAUCUACCUGCACUCGGCUCUCGUGAAGUCCCGAGACAUAAAUCGAGCAAACAAGAAGGAGGUGAAGGAGGCCAACAAGUACUACUUCAUCGAGUCCUCCAUCGCUCUCUUCGUCUCGUUCCUCAUCAAUGUGUUUGUGGUGGCCGUCUUUGCAGAGGCCUUUUAUGGCAAGACCAACAUGGAAGUGAGUCAGCAGUGCAACGAAACAGGAAGUGCUCACAGUGAGCUGUUCCCAGCCAACAACGAAACCCUGGAGGUGGACAUCUAUAAAGGGGGUGUGGUUCUGGGCUGUUUUUUCGGCCCGGCUGCGCUGUAUAUCUGGGCCAUCGGGAUCCUCGCCGCUGGACAGAGUUCAACUAUGACCGGAACCUACUCGGGUCAGUUUGUGAUGGAGGGCUUCCUGAACCUGCGCUGGUCCCGCUUCGCCCGUGUGCUGCUGACCCGCUCCAUCGCCAUCUUCCCCACGCUGCUGGUGGCCGUCUUCGAGGACGUCCAGCAUCUGACCGGCAUGAACGACUUCCUGAACGUGCUGCAGAGCAUGCAGCUGCCCUUCGCUCUCAUCCCCAUCCUGACCUUCACCAGCCUGACCUCGCUGAUGAACGACUUCGCCAACGGACUCGUCUGGAAGAUCGGCGGAGGUCUGCUCGUCCUGGUGGUGUGUGCCAUCAACAUGUACUUCGUGGUGGUGUACGUGACGGCCCUCAACAGCACCAUGCUCUACAUCUUCUCCGCCCUGCUGUCCGUCGCCUAUCUCAGCUUCGUCUGUUACCUGGUGUGGCGCUGUCUGAUCGCUCUGGGCGUCUCUCGUCUGGACUUCAGAGGCUCGUAUCCUCCCUCGGUUCUGGUGGAUGAACAGCCGGAGUUUGACUCCUGAUCACUCAGAGUUUCUUCUUCUUCUGAUGUGAGGAGCGUUCUUACUGUAACUGACAGUUCGAUCCAAAAAUCACGUUUUCCUGCUUCAGUCCUGAUCUUUAUGUAGAUCUACUAUUGUAGAUCUGACAGGACCGACAGAAAACGUAUUUACUGCAACAGCUGAAGAAAUAUGAUUCCUAACAGAGAGUACACCGAGUGUAGAAUCAGAGUAAAGAUAAUUCAACAGUACAGAUUAGAAAUAUUUAAUGACUCACUAACUUACUAAUGAGCUGCAGACUAGAUUGUUCUUAUCAUGAAUAAGUCAAGGAAGUGAUUUUAUGACUCUUUGCCCUAAAACAAGUGUUUUAAUGUCUGAACGAAAGAGAAAGAAGUAUUUAUUUUAUCAAAGGAAGAUUUUUUUCAUUUCAAAGAUUGUGUUGUUAUUGGCGGUUGAUUUGAGUUUAGUUGCAUCACUACUUCAGAGUUUCUGAACAAAAUAAAAAGAUUAGUUUAUGCAGCUUUAAAAAAAAAACAAAAAAAAACCAAAUGAAAACAGAAGCCACAGAAGUGCCUUGAAGUCUCUGUUUGGUGUCCGUGUCCUGUCUGAGGUCUUCUUUAGGAGACGCUCGUGAUCGUGAGGUUGGUUUUCUGCUAGUAACUGAUGAUGUUUGUGUCGCAGCGAUCUGAAACACAUUCCCAAAGUCUUUCAGCUGAGAGAGAUGUAUUUGUUUUAAGACAUGAACCUUAUAUACUUGAUGAACUGAGUCUGGACACACUGUACACAUUAAUAAAAGCCCAAAAUGUCAUCAUGAAGUAUCAAAUGUUUUAAUGUGACAGAAACAAACAGUAUCUGAGGAUCGAGGAGAAACUAAUCAAAUAUUAGCCCAGCUGAACAAGUGCUUUCUUCUUAAGUUUAAUAGUGUUUCAGUACAUCUCGAGCUCUUCUAAGUGUUCACUAGUAAUAAUACGUUACACGGUGAGGUGAUAGUCACUAUUUAUUAUUACUUAUGACCUGUAUCUCGUUUUUCCACAUUGAUUUAAAGAGGAUAAUCUUGUACCAUAUUGAUAUUAAAAUACAGAGAACAAGAAAAUA